AUGUGCGCGACCGAUUACGGUGGCGGCGACAUGGGCGGAACCUCGGCGGACACGUUCGAGGGCUGCAUAGCUGCUUGUGAUGCCAGCCCCGGUUGUAUCGAUGUGUCGUACGUUGGGACCGCCUGUUACUUGAAGGAUAGGCUCAACACCGCAUUGCCUUGGGGCCACGUGUGGACAGCGAAGAAGAUCAUCGAAGCUGCUCCUCCUGCGUCCGGGUCCGGGUCUGGGUCAGAGCCUGGGUCUGGAUCUCAGCCUGAGUCCGGAUCGGGUUCCGCAUCCACGUCUACUUCCGCCUCGCCGACUCCAGCAGCCACCAAACUCACCUGCCGUGACAAUCUCAGCGACGGAACUACCUACGCAGCCACCAAUGGAAUCUGGCAGAUUAUGUGCGCUACCGAUUAUGGUGGUGGAGACAUGGGUGUGAAAGAGGUAUCAUCUUUUGAAGAAUGCAUCCAGGCCUGCGACUCCACUACCGGCUGUAUUGAUGUCUCUUUCGUGCACACCGCCUGCUACAUGAAGAACAGGCUUGGCGAGGCCUUGCCCCGUGGACACGUUUGGACGGCCAAGUGGAUCGCUAAGGUGGAAUCUCCCUCCUCUCAAUCGUCUUCUGCGGCCUCUGGUUCUGGUUCUGGUUCUGCGGCUCCAUCCGAUGGGUCCCCGCCAGCUGGGUCAUCGCCUACAACGACGUCUGCCACCAGCUCAUCACCGUCAUCUUCCCCUACCAGUGGACCACUGUCUUGCCGCGACAACAAGAGCCACGGUAUGACACACACUGCCACUUCUGGCGGGCUCUGGGAGAUUCUCUGUGGCACAGACUAUGCCGGCGGAGAUAUGGGUGCUCAGUCCGCUGAUACCUUCGAGGCAUGCAUUGACCUCUGCGAUAAGACUGAAGGCUGCAUCGAUGUGUCAUUCGUUUACACCGCCUGCUACAUGAAGAACAAGCUCAAUGAAGCGCUCCCUCGUGGCCAUGUAUGGACAGCGAAGCUUCUCAAGUCAGCUGCAGAGAUCGUUACGUUCCCUGAAGCAAAGAGUACUAACGAGGGCACUGGUGUUGAGUCAAUCCUUCCCGGUCCAACAACUCUUGAAUCGCCACCGUUAGCGACACUUGCCCCGCUGGCCCCUCCCGGCGUAGACAUGGGAAGUCUUACAGUCUUGGAGCCCAAGCCGGAGACACAGCUCUGGUACAAUGGAGGCGGCAGCCAAGGGAACUCCUCGUCAAACGACACCGACGCCGAUACGGCAGUUACCGUGCGCCUGAGCAUUGCCUAUCAGUAUCCUUCGGUCGUCUUGGAUCACUCUAUCUAUAUACAGAGUGUCGGCUGUGCAAGUGGCUCUCUGAGUGCCAAGAUCAACAACACGAAGGCCUUUUCACACUCUGCAAACGAGUGGCCGGCCAUACCCAAGCUUCUCUUCAUCACCUCUUCGCCAGACUGCGGGGUUGACGGGCAGAAUGCGUUCUUCCUUGCCGAGUCCAUUACAUUCGAUGCUUCGAGGAUGACAUUCGUAGCGAGUGGUAAUAUGGUCGAGCUUGGCGAUGUUUUCGAAGACAUUGGUAUCGACUUCGGCAAUAUCCAGCCCUCGAACAGCUCCUCGGAUUCCAACUCUACCGCUCCCGCCGUUUGCGGGUCGCCCAGUUCGUCGGUCGUGGAUGGCUUGCCAGCGGUAGCCUGUGGUGAUGACUUCGACAAGACUAUGGAUGAACACCUGGGUUUCUACAGCGAGGGAAAUAAUGAUAUCAAGGCAGCUGCUGCUUCUCCCGGUCUCGAUUCACAGCAUCCGCUCGAGCGACGAUUUCUCGGCAAAAUGUUGGGUGCCGUCGUGGAUUUCGGCAAAGCUAUUGUGGACACAGGCAAGAAGGUAGUUGAGAAGACGGUGGAGGUUGUCAAGGAUGUGGGCAAUAAGAUUGUAGAUGUGGGCAAGCAAGCGGUGAAUUUCGCUGCCUCGGCGGCGACAGGUAUUGCCAAAUUGGGACUAUCACUGGCCACCAAUGCCUUCAAGCUCGGCGCUUUCAUCGUCACCGGCAAGUAUAGCAACACCAUGAACUUACCGAUCAACCUCGGACCACCGGCCCACAUGCAGGAGGACUCACCAUGGGGACCUGCUUUCAAGAUCUACGCCUGGACACGGGCUAAAGAGGACCCCAAGUUUGAGAAGGAGAAGACCACUCUUGAUUUGAUCCAGGAACAGCUCAAAGGAGAGGAAGACCCCGAACCAAGCAUUGAACUGUGGUGCGUCAACUGUGGCGUCAAAGGUCACAUCCGAGCGACGGGCUCGAUCACCGCCACUGCCCUCAGCGGAGUGACGCAAGGUAAAAUCGAUGUCGAUGGUAACAUGCGCGUUGGUGCGUACAUCGGCGUCAAUGCAUUCACCGCGUGGGAAAAGACAAUCAAGAAAGACUUGUUGGUACAAGGACUCCCCGGUUGGUCCAUUCCAGGCAUCGUCACUCUGGGCCCGCAGCUUCGACUCGCUGUGCAGGCUACUAUCGCCGCAGAAGCACAAGGCCAAAUCCUCACCGGCGCCUCGCUGAAUUGGCCGAACCUCAGAGCCUCAGUGGAUUUCGUGAAUUCCGGGCGGUCAACCACGUCUGGAUGGACGCCUAUCGUCGACAAGAAGUUUGAGGCUCAUGGCGAAGUCACUGCCACCGCAGCUUUGGGCUUACCUGUAACCGUCAGCUUCGGCAUCGACAUCCUGAAGGGCCGCUUCAGGAAGGGUGUCGAUCUUACGGACACUCCAGCCAUCGUUGCCAAGGCAGAAUUCGAGGUGGACCUGGCGGAUGGUGAGCUCACUGUUGGGAAUGACGAGUGCCAGGGCGUCGCCUGGGACAUCAGCCUGAGCAAUCAGGUCACGUUGGCGAUCACGGACAUCAAGGAAUGGACGCUCGCGCAGUGGGCUGGGCCAACCUUGGCGAAGGGCUGCAUCGGCCGUCCUCGCGUCCAGGCACCAGUCACGAGCAUCACGAUUCCAACUGCAUCAAUGGUCACCACCACCAGAGCCACAUCGACAGCGCUAUCUACCUCGGUUUCUCAGCCGGUAUCGGGACGUGAAUUCUGCCCUGGCUCCAACGGGCAAACUUUUACCGACAGAUCCGGCAACCUCUACAUGAUCCAGUGCAGGAUUAAUUACGCCAAUGACGACGGCCAACUGAGCACCAAUGAUCCGAACAUGGAGGAGUGCAUCAACACAUGCUCGAAGACCAGCUGGUGUGCCGGUAUAUCCUGGGGAACCACUCUAGCAAGGCCAUGUCAUUUGAAGAGGGCUGUUUCACUCCAAAGGGAUGAUUCGUACCUUGGCUUCAUCGUCUACAGCGCCAGACAGGUGUCUCCAUUCACCAUCCUGAGCGCGUACUACGCGGACAGGGAUAUCACGGCUCUUGCUCGAGCCAAGUUCUACCAGGGCAGCAAGCUGGUCGUCAAUACGAACAACAUGCAUGCUAAUUAUGGCACUGGGGACCCGUGGCCCGGCAACGCAAAGCACAUCACCGUUCUGUACACGUACGGCACUGAGACACGGAUCUUCGUCGCCGCCGACAAUACGGGCAUUUUUGAAAUGGUGCCAGGACCAGUUGAACUCUCCCGAAACUCACAGAUUGUUGCCGCCUACCCCAGACCCACUAGUAGUGGCUUCUUCGGCUCCGUCUCCAACUUCCUGAGCUGGGCUCAGAUCGUUAGCGUCGUAUACGGCCGAGGUGAAAUCCGCAACCAGAAUGUCUACAAUAACUUGUACAACUCCGCUCGUAACACUGGGACCCCCUUCCCCCUCACCAAUGAAUUCUUCGCGCAAGAUACUUGGGUCGGAGUUCCGAAGGUGGCAAUAAUCUGGUAUCGAGACACCAAGCAGGGCGACAACAGCCCCCUAUACACCAUAGUCGGCCGGGAGAACGGCGUCGGCCAGUUCGUGCGGCCCCUCACCAAACGCCAGGAUAACGGCACCGCAGAGGAAACCGUGGAGAUCACCAACAGCGCCACGCCCGAAGUCGCGAGCACCAUCGACAGUGCCGCGAGCGAAUCUCCGAGCGUCAGCAAUAGCACCACGACCGAGUUCCCGAGCAUCAGCAAUAGCAACAGCUCCGCCACCACGAACACGACGAGCUUCGCUCCGGCCACCGUCCGCGUUACAGAUACGUCUAACACCCUCAUCCUAAACACUGGCAAGAACGGUAACCUCUUCAUCUCCGCUGCCGACGACACCACGGACAUGAGCACGCUCCUCGGCCCCCAGCUCGCCGCCGACAAAGGCACCAGCACCAUCUUCGGCGACGAGGAAGGCCGCCUGCUGCACUACUACCCGAUCACCAUGACCGCGACGGGCGCCUCGCGCCUCCGUCUCGCCGACUGGGAUAAGCUGCCCAAGACCGCGGUGCUGAUUAACCUUGCUCCGGUGACGUCGGGCGAGACGACGAUGUUGAUGGCGAUUGAUGCGAGUGGGAACUACUUCUGGCCGUUCAUGUGCGGCAUGAAUGAUGGGCUGAACAAGGUGUUCUUGGUCAAGGAUCCGGAGACGGGCGCGAAGGUGCUGGAGGGUGAGGGACUCAAGUUCUCGGUUACGGGAGGCGUGGUUGGCGAGUGUGGGCCGUUGGCGCUGAAUGCGGUUGUGGGGAAGGAGAUCACUGAGUGA